AGCAUUACCCGAAUGGAAACGUAAUGGACGUUCAGCAGACAGAUUUUAGGCUUCGCGAAUUUUGUUUAUAUCCUCGAUAAUCGGCUUAGGAAACUUUUGUAAUCACUUUUAAAAGCAAUAUUAUUGCACAAGGAUGUAGUGCGCGCAUUAAAUAUUAUUAGAAAUCGUGUGUUAAAUGUAUUUUUUUGUGUCUUUAUACAGCACCAUUCUGUAGUUGAGCAAAUUGAUUGAGUGGAAACCAAGCAUAAUUUUUCCGUAGUUUUAUUGUUUUCAAAUCAAAUAUUUGUUGUUAUAUUAAGUUUAAAUGAACUAUUAAUUGUAUAGUAUUUGUUAUUGUGUAAGUUUUAUUUCGUUUUAAGUGUAUCAUAACGUUAAUCAGUUGAAGAUAGAAAAUGGUAUAUUGAGUCUCAAACAUAAAAUGGCGCUCUGCGAAAGUCAAUUGGACUCUGCCUUGCCGCAACUGAAGCGAGAGGAAUCACUGUCUAGUGAGAACAGCCAGGCCGAGUCUCCGGAGAAAAAGCCGAAGCUGGAACACAACGGCGCCAUCUACGGCUUGGAUAAAGUGCCUGCCGGUAUCCCCCUAACUGUGGACUACCGCGAUCCAGUAUGUCACUUCGUGCCGCCGGCCGUCGAGUUUGCGGCUAGACAGAGCCCCGUUGUCAGCACUUCUGACACAAGCGAAGCAGCCACGCCUGUGAAGAGGAAACGUGGACGGCCGAAGAUAGACAAGAGUAGCCCGGAGUACCUGGCCAAUCUCGCUGCCAGAAAACAGGCCAGAGAUAUGGCUGCCGUUAUGAACCGCACUCCUACAAGCGAUUCCGGGGAGAAACGAAAGCGCGGACGGCCUAGAGUCGACAAGACUAGCCCCGAGUAUUUGGAGAGGAAGCGACUCCGAGAGCAAGAAGCCCUUGAAAGGAAAGCGAAAAGAGAGUACAAGCGACGCGGCGCAGGCGAUUCGGCCGCCUCUUCGUCUGCCGGGGACACGCCGAGAGUCAAACGUAAAUAUACCAAAAGGAAUCCGAACGCUAAGAAGAAUGACUCUACACCAUCGACAGACCGCGUCAAAGGGAAGCGGGGCAGGCCGCGUAAAGUGGACCAGACCAACAGGCAGAUGGAGCAAGCGAAAAUACGCGUGAGAAGCAACCUGAUGCCGAUCAACACGGAACCGAUCACAGUGGACAGCGAUGAGGAGCCCGACCUUGGUUCCCCGAGCCAAGCUUCAGACUCGCUCAGUCUCGACGAAAAUUUGCGUGCGUUGAGACACAUACACGAGAAAUACGCAAACAUUGACAAAGAUGAUCUAUACCAAACACAUCUGCUGGCUGCAAGUUUCAAGAAACCGCCGGUGGAUCAGAGAUACAGGGAUGAUGACGAGGUCCUCUCAGUGAGGAGUUCGGAAGGUAACGCGUCUGUGAAGGAGGCUGACGCACGUAUAGAGAAAUUAGAGGAUAGUUCCAACUCUGACUCGGACAGCAGCAGUUCUGGGUCUGGGUCAUCGAGUUCCGGUUCCAAUUCAUCGUCGAGUUCGGACAGUUCAAGUUCGUCGGACAGUUCCGAUUCGGAAUCGGACAGCGAGAGAGGCAAGACUGAAGCGGCGCCGAGGGUGAACAGCCCACCGCCUGUCAAUAACACAUCACAAGAAGACGAGAGAUCCUACGGCGAAUGGUCGUACAGCGGCAACCAAUCGGAUUCGGACCCCGAUUCGGACCCGGAGCGGACCCUGGACAUACCCCCCCCGCAGGACGACAUCAGCGAGUCGGACAACGAGUCCCCUGACAAGAGGUUCCAAUGUCGCGUCUGCAGAAAGUGGUACUCCACCAAGGUUACCCUCAAAAUCCACCAGCGCGUCCACCAAAACAGAGGGAGCGGCAACUCCCGAUCGCGGGCGAGAUCUUCUGAUCGAUAUGAAUGUGAUUGCUGUAACGAGACCUUCAACCGCAGAGACAAGCUUUGGGACCACAAGGAGAAAGAACACCGCGGCUCUAUGACGGUGCGCUGUGACGUCUGCCGCAAGUGUUUCGAGGACGACGCGGAGUUGGCGGCGCACGAUCGGUCCCACACGGCCGACGAGAGAGCUGGGCGGUGCUCGGAGUGCGGCGCGCAGUUCGCGCGCUACGAGCAGCUGCGGCGGCACCGCGCGUGCGCGCACGGCGCGGCGGCGGGCGGCGCGGGCGCGCUGCCGCACGCGUGCGCGCAGUGCGGCAAGCGGUUCUCGCACGCGCACAGCCUCUCCAGGCAUCUGCAGAACCACGCCAAGCAGCUGUACAGAUGCGUAGUGUGCAAGGCGUCGUUCGCGCGAGCUGAUCAAUUAGCGCAGCACUUGAACAGUCAUCUCGCCAACUACAAGAGACUCCAGCCGUAAACUCUGGUUAUGAUGAAGAUAAAAAUAUAGUAAAAGCAGAGUAAGGGACCGCAACGGGAGUGUGCAAGAGUUUACACGGAUACACAAUGAUUAUAUUAUUAUAUUAUAUUAAUAUAGAGUUUUAUUUAA